GAUUGGGAUAUGAGUGGUUUCUCUGGGAUUUUCAAGGUCAACAAGCCGCAUGUCUGCUCAAGUCUGUUAUAUGGACGUUCAUGGAUUUAUUUCUGGGCUAUUGGAAGCAAUUUGAUUCUCCGCUGUACCUGGACAUACAAGCUGUCUGCUCAUCUCCGCCAUAAUUACAUGACUGUGUUCACAAUCACAGCCUUGGAGAUUCUCCGUCGCUUCCAAUGGAUAUUCUUCCGUAUAGAGAAUGAGUGGAAUAAGAUGAUGAACGCAAAUAUGGAACUCCCUACAGGUGCUAUCCCAAAGGAAGAAGAAAAAUUACUUGGUUCCACUAAUGCUGUAUAAACCAACUACACGGGUAUUGUGUCCUCCAAUAUUAGCAUAAUAUUAAAUUUAGUUUUCUUACUGAUUC